AUGGCGGAAGAAAAGAAUAUUUUUGACAACGUGGCGUUAGUCUCCGCCCUUUUGGCGUUACUCGUCGCGCAAUUGUUAAAACCUUUAACGCAUUACGUCGGGACGAAGAAAUGGAAACCUUCGUUAGCGAUCGGGUCCGGGGGAUUUCCAUCCUCGCACGCAUCGUUCGUCGUCGCGUUAGCGACUGGCGCAGGGGUGGAGAGAGGCACCGCGGAUACGUCGUUCGCGGUGGCGGCGGUGUUAGCGAUCGUGGUGAUGUACGAUGCGAUGGGGGUGCGACGGCAGGCUGGGUACCACGCGUCCGCGAUUAAUAGUUUGAUUUCAGGCGCGUACGGGAGCAACAGUCAGAAUAGGAAUAGCAGUAGCGGGAAUAUCGACGCGACGCUCGAGUUGGAGGACGAGGAAACGCCGACGCCGAAAUCGCCGUUAUUUAGCGCGGACGGGUUCGAUCAGUUCAUAAAGAAUAUACAGAAUCAACCUUUGAGAGAGCACAUCGGGCACACGCCGGUGCAAGUGUGCUUCGGCGGGUUGACGGGGUUAGUCAUCGGUUUAGUCGUCGGCUUGAACGCGCAAAUCGAACAUCGAGGGUUGUUUCAUUCGUAA